AUGCCCAGGGGGUUUCAACCGAAAAAAACCCCUAUUUCUAAUGAAUAUCGCAUGACAGGCACUGUUUUAGGGUUGGGAAUAAAUGGAAGAGUUGUCGAGUGUUUUCAUCGAGCAUCAGGCGAAAAAUUUGCCUUAAAGGUAUUAAAGGAUGUACCAAAGGCAAGAAGAGAAGUUGACCUUCACUGGAGGGCUGGCUUAAAUUCUAAACAUAUUGUGAAAAUUAUGGAUGUUUUUGAAAAUAAUUAUUCUGGUCAAAGAUGCCUUCUUGUGGUUAUGGAAUGUAUGGAAGGUGGAGAAUUAUUUACAAGAAUUCAAGAGAGAGCAGACUCAGCAUUUACUGAAAGAGAGGCAGCAGGUAUAAUAAGGGAUAUUGCCAGUGCUAUAGCUCAUUUACACUCAAUGGAAAUAGCACACAGAGAUUUAAAGCCAGAAAAUCUUUUGUAUAGUUCCAAAGAUGAAAAUACCAAAGUUCUAAAAUUAACAGAUUUUGGUUUUGCUAAAGAAAUUGCUGCCGUCAAAUCACUACAGACACCUUGCUAUACUCCGUAUUAUGUUGCUCCUGAAGUCUUAGGUCCAGAAAAAUAUGAUAAAUCAUGUGACAUGUGGUCAUUAGGAGUUAUAAUGUAUAUAUUAUUGUGUGGUUAUCCGCCAUUUUAUAGCAACCAUGGUGCCCCUAUAUCUCCAGGUAUGAAGAAGCGUAUUCGUAAUGGUCAGUAUGAAUUUCCUAAUCCAGAAUGGAGUAGAGUUUCACAAGAUGCCAAAGAUCUAAUUAAGGGUUUAUUAAAAACAGAUCCUGAACAGCGCUUAACGAUUCAGGAUGUAUUACGUACGAAAUGGAUAUCGGAUCAUACAUUAGUACCCCCAACUCCUCUCAUGUCAGCUAGAAUCUUACAAGAAGAAGGUGAUGUCUGGAUGGAUGUUCAGGAAGAAAUGACUAAUGCCUUAGCUACAAUGAGAGUAGAUUAUGAUGCCUCUAUAAAUAUUAAAAGUUUACAAGAUUCAAAUAAUCCCAUCCUAAAUAAACGGAGAAAGAAAGAAGAAAGCUCAGCAGCUGUUUAA